GCUGCAGUUCGUCGGCAGUGGUGGACAGGUCGGCACCGAGCCGGAUGUGGCUACCCUGUUGUUAUGCAGAACGCCGUCAACCGAAGUCGCGCCACGCAGUGGAUCACUGCUCUGAUUCUCGUUUCAGUGAGCGUAAUCCAACGAGCGUACGGACAGGAUGUUCGACAACCAUUAACAAACGUAUGCAAAAUUAACCAACUGCAGUGUAAUUCCGGCGCAUGUUUUGAUAGAUUUCUCCUUUGUGACGGAAUUAAGCAUUGCGAUGAUGGUACAGACGAAAGCAGUAGCUCCUGCGGGAAUAUACCAUGCCCUAGGGAGUCGUUUAAAUGCGAUUACGGUGCGUGCAUAGACAAGGCUGGGUUCUGUGACGGUACACAGCAUUGUGCGGAUGGUUCUGAUGAAAGUCCUGACAAAUGCGGCUGCAAGCUUCCAGAUCAGCCCGAGAACGGGGAGUAUGUGCUCAGCGGGUGCAGGCCCCCGGCGUGCAAACCUGUGCCGGGAGACACUGUGCGAUCAGUGUACCUCAACUACACUUGCCACCGGGGCUUCGCGCUCUCGGGGAUGAACGUGUUGGGGUGCGAGAGCGGCUGGACCGCGCCGUUUCCUAGAUGUUCGCCAGUGGUCUGCCCGGCAUUGAAGGAUCCAUCAAGGGAAAUAGAAUGCAAAGUGAACGGUACAAAAGUUGACUGUGAUGAAUCUAUGGUUCCUGGAACUGAAGCAGAUGUCAAGUGCGGAUUUUUCUACACGCACAUCAAACAACUUUCACGUUUUGUUAUUAGAUGCCAGACAAAUGGAAAGUGGUCUCGAGAAAUAACUCCUUGUGAGCCAAAAUGUGGAGAACGUAAUCCCAGAAGAUUACCUAGGAUUGCUGGUGGGAGUGACGCUCAACAUGGAGAAUUUCCUUGGCAUGUGGGCGUUUACCGAUCGGUUUCUGGAAGUGAUUUCAAUAUUUGCGGCGGCACAAUUAUAUCAGAGCGCAUUGUUGUGACUGCUGCCCACUGUUUCUGGAAUGUAGAAGACGAAAAACCGUACAGCGUUAAUGAUUUUAGAGUAGCAGCGGGAAAAUAUUAUUCAAAAUGGAACCACAAGGAUGAAAGAGACGAUGCACAAAAACGAGAUAUCGAGAGAGUAGUAAUACAUAAUGGAUUCGGAAAUAAAAACAAUUGGGCAAAUGACAUUGCUCUGAUUGAACUGAAGAACCCUUUCGAAAUGAAAAUAGCUGUAAGACCCAUUUGUGUGGAUAAUGAUAAUGAAUAUGAAAGAUUUUUCUCUCCAGGAAAAACAGGAACUGUUCUGGGUUGGGGUAUAACGGAGACAAUGAGGCACAGUGAAAAACUCCGCAUGGCCACAUUGAAAUAUGUUUCUAGGGAAGACUGUGAAAACGAGGUUCCGCAGUCGUUCGUGCCUUUUCUUACCCGCGACAAAUUUUGCGCAGGCUAUGGAAAUGGAACAACCCUCUGCCCUGCAGACGAUGGGGGCGGAUUUUUCACGCAGUUUGCAAGGGAUGGCAAGUGGUAUUUAUUGGGGAUUGCCAGCAUGGGAGUCGGUCCAGAAGGCGAGACAGUCGCUUGCGAUGUAAACAAGCACGUAACAUUCACAAGAAUCGCAGAUCAUCUACACUUUCUGAAUAGUGUAUAGAGCUAGACAAUGAACCGAAGUUUCCACAAAGAUAGAAGCAAUAUCUUCAAAUUUAUGUUCGUAAUACAAACAAAAACAUUUUCAAGUCGAAUAGAAAACACAAGCAAGAUUAUGAUAACUAUUUCUCAGAGCUGGUGAAUCCUUAAAAAAUGUAGUUAUUAAUUAAAAAUAUCUUAUUAAUGAUAACUGAAGGUAUACCGUAAGAUACAUUUUUCGUAUCUAUUAAGCUAUACCAGUUAUUUAAUAGAAAGUAUACCUUUCUGUCAUAAAUUAAUUUACCCUAUGAAAGUUUACUUGUACUGCUUCUACUUUGAAAUGACCUUUAGUCGCUGCAAUGGAUGUUAAUUUUGUGAAGAAUCCUCCAACUUUUAUUGAGAUAUUCAAAUAUUUGUAUUGAAUUAAUAAAAUAAAAAUAUUUUAUAACAUAAAUA